AUGAUUUCACACAGCAUUGCCAGAGAGCGGGUGCUUGAGCAGAGCUGUGGGUUAUAUGCGGUGUGGGAUGUUAAAGGAGCGGCCGGGCAAGGACCGCUGCCCCGUGAAGUGCUCCUGUCCCAAGGUGCAAAGAGGGUGGCAAUGGUACCUGGGCAGAGCGCGGAGGACCUCGGCCAGCAGAGCCCGACGAUGAGAGCAGGGGAGGACGAGAGCAGCCAGGACAGCCGCCGCAGCAGCAGCCGCCACCUCCGCAAGCUCCCGGCUGCAGCAGGCUGUGGAGCAUUUACUUUUCUAUCUUCUGCUGUUGCUGCCAUAAGUGGACUUCUGAUGGGUUAUGAGUUGGGCCUUAUCUCUGGAGCUGUUCUUCAGAUAAGCAACAUAUUAGCACUCUCUUGCAAAGAGCAGGAAAUCGUUGUAAGUUCCUUGCUUUUUGGGGCCUUAUUUGCAUCCCUCACUGGUGGAUUCCUGAUAGACCGAUUUGGAAGGAGACUUGCAAUUAUUAUUGCAUCUUCUUUACUUGUUUUGGGGAGUCUGAUUUUACUGCCCUAUGAAUCAUAUGGGAUACUUAUUUUAGGACGGAUUGCCAUAGGUAUUUCCAUAUCGUUAUCAUCAAUUGCAACAUGUGUGUAUAUUGCUGAGAUUGCCCCACAGCACAGAAGAGGCCUCCUCGUAUCAUUAAAUGAACUCAUGAUUGUGAUAGGCAUUCUUUUUGCCUAUGUUUCAAAUUAUGCUUUUGCCAGCGUAUCUCACGGGUGGAAGUACAUGUUUGGACUUGUGAUUCCAUUAGGUGCCUUGCAGGCUAUUGCCAUGUAUUUCCUUCCACCAAGUCCUCGGUUUCUUGUCAUGAAAAAUAAUGACGAAGCUGCAAGAAAAGUACUGGAGAGGCUGCGGGAAACAUCAGAUGCUACUAAAGAACUUACUGUGAUCAAGUCUUCCCUGAAAGAUGAACAUCAGCAUAGUUUCUUAGACCUGUUUCGUUCAAAAAACAACAUGAGGGCCCGAAUGUUGGUAGGACUGACUCUAGUCUUUUUUGUACAAAUAACUGGGCAACCCAACAUUUUAUUUUACGCAUCAACUGUUCUGAAGUCCGUCGGGUUCCAGAGCAACGAAGCUGCCAGUUUGGCUUCUACUGGAGUUGGAGUGGUCAAAGUGGUCAGCACAGUCCCAGCCACAUUUUUUGUGGAUCAAGUUGGAAGUAAAACUUUUCUGUGCAUUGGCUCUUCUAUUAUGGCAGUAGCAUUGGUCACUAUGGGCUUAGUGAACCGUAACAUACACAUGAAUUUCACCAACGUCUGUAAAAGCCAGUCUCCAGAGGACUUCUUUCUCCAGAGAUCAGGAAACCUCACUAGUGUUACCAAUGGGAGUCUCAAGGACCAAUUUGUUAGCAUGGCUUUACCAGAAAGACUGUCAUUAGACUUGCAGAGAAGCCCAGCUAUUGCUAGGACAGGAACACUGAACAGGACUACCCUGGCAGGAGUCAAAAGCCCAAUAGGGUCUCACAUGCAAAGUGGGGAGGUUCCCAUUGUCCUGAAAUGGCUCUCGCUGGCCAGCCUGCUUCUUUACGUUGCUGCAUUUUCCAUAGGUCUUGGACCAAUGUCCUGGUUGGUCCUGAGUGAAAUUUUCCCAGGUGGGAUUAGAGGACGGGCCAUGGCUUUGACAUCUAGCAUGAACUGGGGUAUCAAUCUCCUCAUCUCCUUGACAUUUUUGACUGUGACAGAGCUCAUUGGCUUGUCCUGGGUGUGCUUCAUUUAUACAAUAAUGAGCCUAGCAUCCCUGGCUUUUGUUAUUGUGUUUAUACCAGAGACGAAAGGAUGCUCUUUGGAGCAAAUAUCCACGGAACUAGCUAAACAGAACUACGGGAAGACCCCCUUGUGCUGGGUGAGCCAGCACAGAGAGGAACUGGUGCCAGUGGAGCUUGCCAAGAGAGAGAAAGAGCAGCUCUACUAG